UGUCUCAUAUUUAGGAAUGAAGGGAGUAGUACAAAUCAUCAAAUUCCAAUUUCGUGCUGGGCACUGAAUUUGAUUUUCCUUUUAGGAAGGGUCACAUAAUUUGAAUGAGUAGUGCGUGACCGCCAAGUACCAUCUACUGGCCUUUCCGUGGCACCCAAGUUUUCGUUGGCCCAUCCACAGCCAUCCGUUCCCCUGAACUGCCUACGAUCAACGGCCCACACUUACAACCCAUCUUCCUCCCAGAAACCUCCAGAACACACGAGCUCACGACCACCAUCAGGAACCUUCCCGAACGGCCUCCCAACCGUCAUCGUCCACCUCCACCGUCCACGCCCUCUAUAUAUGCCUCCGCACCCAAAAUCUCGGCGGCACGAGAAGAGAGAAAGAGAGAGAGGCGAGGAGAAAAUAAAAUCUACAGGAGAAACAGGGGAGAGGUAGAGAGAACAGAAGCGAAGGGAGCAAUGCCGACGGGUCGGAUGAGCGGCAACAUCACGCAGGACUGGGAGCCGGUGGUCCUGCGGCGGGCGAAGACCAAGGCGGCCGACCUCAAGUCCGCCAAGGCGGUGAACCAGGCGCUGCGGACGGGCGCGCCGGUGGAGACCGUGCGGAAGGCGGCGGCGGGGACGAACAAGAAGGCCUCCGCCGCGGCCGUGGCGGCGCCCGCGAGGAAGCUGGACGAGAUGACGGAGCCGGCGGGGCUGGAGCGCGUGGGCGGCGACGUGCGCGCCGCCAUCCAGAAGGCUCGCGUGGCCAAAGGGUGGAGCCAGGCGGAGCUGGCCAAGCGCGUCAACGAGCGCGCGCAGGUGGUGCAGGAGUACGAGAGCGGCAAGGCCGUCCCCGUCCAGGCCGUGCUCGCCAAGAUGGAGCGCGCGCUCGAGGUCAAGCUGCGGGGCAAGGCGGUUGGGGCUCCCGCGCCCGCCGGAACAAAGUGAUGGGUUCUUGGAGACUGCUUAAUUUGACUUGUGAAUUUGUGAUGAAUGGUAGCCGGAUCUGUAAAUCCCGGAUUGCUCUGGUAGGUUGGGUUGUAAAAGUCGUGCAAAUUGAUAUCUAAGAGCAUCUCCAACAGGCGUCAAAAA